AUGAGCGCACGUGAGCAGAAUGGCUACACUGUGGAGGGAGCUGCGUGUGAUGCAGAAGACGAUGAACUUGAACUGACGAUCGCGACGUUACAGAGCCUAGAGGCCGAACCUGGGUGCCCCAAUGGGCAUGCAUUGGAUCCGCACGUCGCCGUUGGGGCAGGUUUCUCAUGCGAUAGAUGUUCGGGGACAGUGGGGCACGGUACUCCACUGUAUGGAUGCCGGGACUGCAACUAUGAUGAAUGUCAGCAAUGUUACAUGCGCACUGUGCACAAACAUCUUCACGUUCUAGCAAAGCGUCGGGCAACAGCAAAGGAUUUGGCUGGAGCAGAAGCGUUGUUGUCGCGUGCCGAAGUCGCUUCAGCAGCGUUCUGGGGCAAGCACAGCAAGGAAUAUGCGACUAGCAUGACCAGUUUAGGCGCGCUUUACAUUGAACAUGGUGAAUACGAUCAGGCGUUCAAGUACUGUGCUCAAGCGAAGCCAUUGGCAGCUGCGUGCUUCGGUACUCAGCACAUUCUUUACGCCAAGUGCGUCAACAAUCUUGCGUUGUUGCACAAGCGCAUGGGGAUGUUCGAUGAGGCGGAAGACUUGUACAGGGAGUCGCUAUCCAUCAAGGCUGUAUCCGUUGGAAGACAGCAUGAAGAUUAUGCCACCAGCUUGGUCAAUCUUGCAGAGGUGUCCGCACAGACGUGCAAAUUUUCAGAGGCAGAGGCAGCUUUGCUACAGGCUCGGGAGAUUUUGUUCAAGGCCUUGGGCGAGAAACACGUCAAGUAUGCUACGAGCUUGAACAACCUGGGCUACCUGUACAAGUUGAUGGGAGCUUAUGACAAAGCAGAACCUGUGUACAUGGAGGCGACCAGAAUUCGUGCUGAAGUUUGUGGCUCUCAGCAUCCCGAUUAUGCUUCCAGUUUGAACAACCUUGCUGUCCUUUAUAUGGUCAUGGGCGCACAUGACAAGGCUGAGGACCAAUGUCUGAGUGCUAAGAUGAUCUAUGAGAAGACUGUGUCCAGCCAUCAUCCCGAGCGCAUCGUUUGCCUCAACAACUACGCGAACGUGCUCCUACGGGCAGGGAAACUGAAAGAAGCUGAGGAGGUGUUUUUGCAAGUGCGAGAAAUUCGAGCCAGUGCUCUUGGAGAGAGUCACCCAGAUGUGGCUAAGAGCACUUUCCACCUUGCGGAUAUCUCAGCAGUCAUGGGUGACAUGCAGAAAGCGGAAGAACGCCACCAGACAGUCUUGCACAUGAGUCAGGGGCAUGCCGGGCUACUUGCCCUGCGUUGUGAAUGUUUGCGGUCUUUGGCUAGUCUGUACAUUAAGGUGUCAAAGUUUGAGGAGGCACAUUCCCUGCUGCUUGAAGCUCAAGAGGUGCUAGCUAUGUCGCACGGAUGUGAGCACCCGGAAUACGCAAAACUGCUGAUGAACAUUGCCAGAGCUUGCAUGAAGACAGGCCGCUUCAAGGCUGCCAUGGGCAACAUCCUGUUCGCUGCCCAAAUCCACCAAACAUCACUGAAUUUGGUUCUUGCGGCGCUGCCAGAACCACGUCGAUUGCAGUACAUUGCGUCGAUGGACGAGGACACUAGCCGUCUUCUCACGCUUGCUGUCAAGCACGUGAACACGUUCGAUUCAAUCCGGCAGUGUUUUCAUGUGGUAGCGUGUAGAAAGCAUUUGGUCUUUGAUGCGUCCCUCUAUGGAUCCGCGCUGGGUGACCCGCUGGUGGCGCAUGAUGCAAGGGUAGAGACAGACUUCGCAGAAUUGCGUGCUUUGAGGGGGCAGUUGGUUCAACACUUGCUAAGCGAAGGUACUGCUGCGGAAGCAUUACAGUCAGCUCCCCCAGCUCAAUUCAAACAUCUAGUUGCCCGAGUUGAGGACUUAGAGAGAAAACUGGGAAAGUUUCUAAAGGCUCCGGGUUCUCUGUGUUUUGAAAGCAAUGACGCUUUGCAGUCCGUAUCAGCGUCUUUGCCACGGAACACGGCGAUAGUAGAAUAUGUCCUCUUCGGCGACAUGGAUUCAGACACGUCUGGCGGCACUUGCACCAUUGGACACUACGCAGCAUUCGUAGUUGAAGCCGGCCAGGACACGGCAAGUUUGCUUGACAUUGGGCAUGCCGAUUACGUACACGCAUUGGUGGACGAGUUCCUAGGUGCCACUCGACAAACAAAACGAGUUGCAGCUGGAUUGACACUCCGCCGGCUUGUGUUGGAUGUCGUUGUUGCGAUACUCCGGCCUUCCGCUCAACAUCUCUUUAUUGCUCCAGAUGCAAGGUUGGCGCAGUUGCCCUUCGAUGCAUUGCCUUGUGAGGUGGGCCACGUGCUUGACUGGGAACUGACCUUGAGCUACGUGGUGUCGUCACGGGACGUGGUAGGUUGGAAUGACAUCAACAAAUCAAGAGCACAGUCUUAUCAGUUUCGAGAUGCACCUGCAUCCUUGGUUGUUGCAGAUCCUGAUUUCAAGCUAGAGGCAGCCAGCUCUGAUGAUACGAGCAUAAACACAGAACCAUUGGUGGAUUGGGGAUGCGCUCCGGUGUUUCAGGCGCUCCGAGGCACUGGAGAAGAGGGCAACAUGGUCGCAAACAUGUUGGCGCGGGCACAGCAUGAACCCCCGAAGUCGCUGACAGGUCCCGAUGCGACAGUCAACAACCUGCUACAGGCCCAAGGUCCACCAAUCCUGCACGUGGCAACCCAUGGGUUUUUCUUGCCAGCCUCCGGUAUUCCCAAAUCCGCAACGCGACUUCACCAAUCACUACGGCAUGCUGCAGACCCAUUUGUCCGCUGUGGAUUUGCAAUGUCUGGAGCUGAUACCUGGAUGCGAGGCAGGAAGCCUCCGCCCUGUGCAGGCACAGGAAUCUUGACGGCCCUGGAGCUGCGAGGGAUGAAUCUGAAAGGUACGCACCUCGGAGUGUUCUCUUGCUGUGACACGGGCUGUGGUCAUGCUCAGCGGGGAGAGGGUGUGAUCGGAAUGGGGAGAGCUGCAAUGCUGACGGGAGCAGAGAGUGUCGUUCUGACCUUAUGGCGCAUCGACGACGAUUCCACCCCAGCACUGAUGAAGAAUUUCUAUGAGGCAUUGCUGCUUGGUUUUGGAGAGAGUGGUCCUCUGGGCCGUGCAGCAUCUUUGCGUUGGGCGCAGCGUAGACAUCGAGAAAGGGGAGAGCCUUUCAGCAAUUGGGCGCCCUUUGUGCUGUAUGGCAUGCACCAUGGAUUGCCGGGCCACGGACCAGCUUGA